AUGGGCCGACUCGAUGGGAAAGUUAUCAUUGUGACCGGUGCUGGGGCCGGUUUCGGGCGAGGGAUCGUCGAGAAACUGACCGCCGAAGGCGCAUCUGUGCUCGGAGUCGACAUCAACCAAGCGGAAAAUAACAAGACUGCCUCGCUCUGCCCACCAGGCAAGGUGCACGCCUUUACCGCCGAUAUAACCUUGGAGUCGUCGUGGCGCGAGAUUCUUCACCAGGCGCGGUCGGCAUUCUCCAAUCGCCUCGACGUCGUUGUCAACUGCGCGGGCGUCGUACAUAACGCAGCGCCGUCACACGAGGUGCCCGAGGACCAAUUCGACCUGAUGUUCCGAGUCAAUGUGAAGCCACUGUAUCUCAGCACCAAGGUGAUUGUCCCGUGGUGGAAAGAGAACAAGCUACCAGGUCUGUUCAUCAACCUGAGCAGCAUCAGCGAGCCCAGGCCGAGGCCAAACCUAGUAUGGUACGCCGCGAGCAAGGGAGCUGUGACGGUGACGACCAAAGGCCUUGCGGCAGAGUAUGCCGUCGAUCAGAUCAGGUAUAACUGUAUUCGGCCAGCCGUGGGCGAGACGGCCAUGCUCCCACGAGUUCUUGGCGGCCAGGACACCCCGGAAGGUCGGAAGAAAGUGCUCGGGACGGUCCCGUUAGGCCGGGUGUGUCAGCCUGGCGACAUUGCGAAUAUGGUGUGCUUUCUCGGAUCGGAUGAAGCGACGUAUAUCACGGGCGCCGCGUUUGAUGUUGAUGGUGGCAGAGGGGUCAGCUGA